AUGGCUCGCGUAAAGCAAGAAAACAGUGCCUCCAGCGGCCAGCAUGAGGAGCUCUCUGCCAAGGAUAAAGCUGCCUUCAAAAACAUGAUGGAACUGUACAACCAGAAGUUAUAUAAGAAGGGGCUGAAAAUCGCAGAAGAACUUGUCAACAAGUAUCCCAAACACGGAGAGGCGAUAUCCUUCAAGGCCUUGUUCAUGACGCAAACGGAUCCUUCGAAGUACGACGAGAUUCUAGCAAUUGCCAGGGAGGCUAUCAGGAACGACCUCAACAGUAGCCACUGCUGGUACAUCCUGGGCAGGGUAUACAAGAUGAAGAAGCAGUACAAAGACACGCUGAAGUGCUUCUCAAUGGCCAGCAAAAUCGACCCUCAUAACGAACGGUUGUUAAGGGACCUGUGCGCCCUCGCCAUAGAAAUAAAUGAUUACGAGGCGUUCAGAAAAUUUGCAGGCAGCGCGCUGCAAUUGCGACUCAAGCACUACAAGGAGUGGAUGACAUUCGCCUUCGCACAGCACAUUUGUGGAAAUGUAGAAGGGGCCUUAAAAAUCCUUACUGAGGCGGAUAGAGUAUUCAGUGGGUGUUAUGAUGCGGCGCCAUUUGAACUGAGUUCCGCAAUACUCUACUGGGCCAUGCUGUUGGAGGAGAGCGGCAAGUACGACGAGUGCAUCAAACUUCUCACGGACAAGGAAUCUUUAGUGCUGGAUAAAAUCUCAAGGUUGGAGUAUAUCGCUAGAGCAGCUCUGCUUGGAGGGCUAUGGGACACGGCGCACACCUCGUACAAGCAGAUGGUGCAGCUGAACCCGGAUAACGCCAGAUACACGCUCCUCUUCAUCAUCACACACAGGGCUGUCAGAGAGGCGGGGAUUUUUCAGAUGCCCCUCCCACGCCCCAAGUCGAAUGUUUUGGAUAUGUUCAAACCAGGGCAGAAUGAGUCAAAGGGCGAUGCGGUUGACAAGUGUAAUGAGGCGUUCGUAGACAAGGUGCAGAAAGGGACGGUGCCCCCCAUCUUGCUUAGCGAGGAAAUCAUGGACAUUGAUGGGGAGUAUUCCACCAGCAAUUGGUGCGGGGAAAACACGAUUAACAAAACUUUUGACCAAUGGGUUAACGCAAUGAGGCAACAGGCUGAGAGCAGCACUAACCCCACCAAUGAUGAACAGUUGUUUCUCGGGUGCUACAGUUAUGUAGAUUACACCGUAAAUGUGGCCAAAGCUUUGGACAUGAAGUCUCUGCGCAGACCAAUAGACGUUUCUAUAGACGAAGCUGAGACUGUACUGGAGGAAUACCUGAAAGAAUAUCCUAUCGCAAGGUGUUGCAUAUACAGCACGCGCCCCAAGAUGAACAGAUGGUCGAGAUACCCACUAUUCAUCUACACCAGGGCUAUCACCCAGCGUGAGAGCCAGGUCCUUCUAGAUGCUUUAAAUGAAGUAAAAACCAACAACUACCUGACCAAGGCGCUGACGGCAUCAUUCAUCACCCACGACCACAUACGACAGUUCCACGGUGUGGUGAAGCCACUUGUUGAGGCAGGGUGUUUAAGCAUAUUCAAGUUCUUUGUUCAUGGAUGCACGUUUGAGAUGGCUUACCGCCUGUUGGUACUAUUUGAGAAGUACCGUCGAAAUCUCGACGACGGGCUCAUGCUGAUGAAUGGGAUUGACGAAGCGCAGGGAGAGGCGAAAGGCGCAGUAACCAACAACGCGCAACACAGCGUGGCUUCGCAAAACUACCUGGUGGCCGUGCAGUUGGUGGCCGCGAGGAUAUACGAUUAUGUGGGCUUCUAUGAUGAGGCGUUGAAACUCUUGGAACAAACGUUGUGUGCAACUCCUACGGCAAUUGACGUACACCUGGUCAUGGGCAAAGUGUACCGCCACAUGGGGGCGUUGGAAUUGAGCAAGAAGGCUUUUUGUAUGGCGUCGGACGUGGACAGAAGCGAUCGUCAAACGAGCUCAAAGGCCGCGAAGGCGAUGCUUCGGACGCACGACUUUGUAGCCAGCCGUGCAAAAUGGAGAAAUUUCUUAGUAGAGGACCUGACGAAAGAAGAAAGGAAUGCCCAAGCAAAGACCGCAAAAUACAUACCUCCGGAAGUCAAACACAUGAAAUAUGAGCUAAUGACCGCGGACUACUACAGGUUGCUCUAUCUUCAGGAUACCGCCAAUGGCACGACGAAUGAAAAAAGUAAUAGCAGCUCAGAGGAGUUGUUAAAGAAUGCGCAUGACAUAUACGCCAUGGUGCUGGAAAAACAACACGACACAUACCUGCACCAGUUGGACUUUCAUAGCUUCUGUCUGAACAGGCUGCAGUAUCAGACCUACUACUCCUUUCAUAAAAUCAGGGUGGCAUAUGCGACUCUUGUGUACUUUAUCAGGGCCGCUGAGGGGAUUUUGUGGACCACUGCUGAGAUUAAAAGGAAUGGGUUUCAGCACCAGACAGAGUGCAACAGGGAAUUACAGCAAGUCACAGAGGAUAACAACGUUAACUAUUGUCUCGACUUGAUAAAAACUGUGUCGGCUCAAAGGGUGUACAACAGCGGGCUUUAUGCGGCUAUACAAAGAUUCGCAUCUAUUGUAGGGAUGCCAAAGCAGCAUGACAUCCAGAUGGCUAAGAGGGCAUUCCGUGCCUGCCACAGAAAUCCCUAUCACCACCACAUAUAUCUUGCUGUGUUCCAGCUGAUUGUUAAAUCGCAAUAUAAGGAUGCUGCUGAGGCUUUAUCGCAAAUGCUACCUGUGGGUGGCAACUUUACCUUUGAUGAUCGUCAGAAGGCGUUCAAGGGUCCUGACGAAUGCGUCCUCUCGGGUACAGAAGCAGCAUCAAUCUACCUUGAGGACAUAAUCACUCAUUUGCAGAAAAUUGGCGUAUUUGAUUACAGGCAUUGUGAGGCAAUCUUGCGUUGUGUCAAUGAAUGCCCUGACACGAUGCACCGGAUAAUUCCACGGAUAGAUUCCUCAUACCUGAAUUCGAUAUGCACUUUUGCUGGGCUCGACUCACACUACCGUGAGGUCAAGAAGCUCAGUGUAGAAUCCCGGGGAUGCGUACAUGAAAAGGCGUUGCAAGAUCUGGUACUCUGUGUGGAGCGCACUGUAUGUGACAAGUACCCCUUCUCAGAUCUAAGCACCUCUUUAAACACAGUUAAUGUCUGA